UCACGUUUCAUAAAUAAAUAAAAACGCAUCUUCAAAUCUCCACUUCCGUUCCGUCUAUCGCGUUCUGCGGCUGCGCCCACUGAAAUUCUCCAUCCAUCUUCAUCUUCAUCUUCUUCCUUAUGCCAUUUUCCAUUUCAAAUCUUCUUCUCUCUUGACCAUGGCCGCCUCCUUCUCUUUCUCUACUCCUCAAACUCUUCCCAAUCGGAUUUCUCCUCAUUCUAACCUCAAUUCCCUUCGCCUUUUCUCUCCUCCUUCCAGUCUGCGUCUCAAUCGCCGCCUUAAGCCUCGAAAUGCUUCUCUCACUCUCAACGUCCAAUGCAUCAGUCAACCUAAAGCUGAGGUAGUUACUAAAGACUCGUGGAAUAAAAUGAUUCUAGAGAGCGGAACCACUGUCCUGGUUGAAUUUUAUGCUAGUUGGUGUGGACCAUGUAGAAUGGUGCAUCGAGUUAUCGAUGAGCUAGCUGCUGAAUAUGAAGGGAAGCUCAAAUGCUUUGUACUCAACACCGACACCGACAUGCAAAUAGCUGAAGACUACGAAAUUAAAGCUGUUCCUGUGGUUAUGCUGUUCAAGAACGGGGAGAAAUGUGAUAGCGUUAUCGGUACCAUGCCAAAAGAUUUCUACAUUGCUGCCAUUGAAAGGGUUCUCAAGCAGUAGGAUACAUGACCAAUCAAAUCGGAUAUCUUUGGUAAGGUUGAUCAGCUUGAUUGUGCAAGUUGGUUGGCUAUUUUGUUGCUAAAGCUUUCCACUUGGUUACUAGUUAUUGAGCUGUAUAUAAUAAAUAUAGCUUUAAUCGCAAGUUUUUUACUGUAGGUGAAUGGAUUGUAUAGCCCUCGUCGUUAAUGCUGUCUUUUUGUUGUGAAAUUGUGAUAGAACUUUGCCGUAUUGCAAUCCGCACUUCACUGCUAAUGGCUUUUUGGUGAAGAUUACUCAGGAGUCUUCAAUUAUUUUUUUACAAAAAAUUUUUUU